CAGCCAUCCAUUCCCAGCCCUAUACUCACCAAUUAGCCUAUCCUUGAGGCCAAUUCCCUCAGGAUGCGCCUCUUCGCCACGGGACGGGCCCUGCGUGCCCACAGCGGCCGCUGGAGCCUUGCGCCCGCGCACCGAAACCUCCGCAUCCCGAUGCUGCCCACCCGCAGCGUGCUCGCAGUCCCCCGCCGCGACUGGAGCUCAACCCGGUCCCUCGCAAACGAAAAGACACCCUCCGCCACGAUAAGCAGCUCAAAAGGCACGCAAAAACCACUGACCAUCGACGGAAAGCUCUACCCGGCAGACGAAUGGACCAACACCCCCGAGACGAUCCUCUCCCACGUCGGCCGCCGCCUGUACCUCGACGAGAACCACCCGCUGGCGAUCACCCGGCAGCUCAUCGAGAGCCAGUUCGCGGGCCCUGUCUUCGGCAACUACAGCGAGAAGAACCCCGUCGUAACGACAGCCCAAAACUUCGACGUGCUCGGCUUCCCCGCGGACCACCCAGGCCGCAGCCGCACAGACACCUACUACAUCAACAAGGAGACGGUGCUGCGCACGCACACAAGCGCGCACCAACAAGCCUACUUCCAGCAGAUCAGCCGCAAUGAGCACUCCCGCCCCGAAGAAGUCGGCUACACCGUCGUCGCGGACGUCUACCGCCGCGACGCCAUCGACCGCAGCCACUACCCGGUGUUCCACCAGAUGGAGGGCGCCAUGCUGUGGAAGCGGCCCGCGACAGAACCCCUGCAGCACGCGACCCAGACCGCGUCCACCAUCUGGGACGACGUCCGCCGCAUCCCGGCCCACGGCGUCCCCGUCGAAGACGACAACCCCACCACGCACCCGCAGCGCAACCCCCUCCAAACAGAGCACCACAGCCCCGAGGAAGUCGAAGCCGUAGCCGCGCACCUCAAGCGCUCCCUCGAGCGCAUGGUCAUCAAGAUCUUCAGCGAAGCCAACAAAGCCAAGGCCCGCGCCGCCGCCUCCACCCAAACCACCGAACCCACCGAAGAAGAGCCCCUGCGCGUCCGCUGGGUCGAAGCCUACUUCCCAUUCACCAGCCCCGGCUGGGAACUCGAGAUCUUCUGGCAAGGCGACUGGCUGGAAGUCCUCGGCUGCGGCGUAAUCAAGCAAGAGCUACUCGUGAACUCCUCCGUCCCGGACCGCAUCGGCUGGGCCUUCGGACUGGGCCUCGAACGCAUCGCCAUGCUCCUCUUUAACAUCCCCGACAUCCGGCUCUUCUGGUCGCGCGACUCGCGCUUCCUCUCGCAGUUCCGCGCAGGCGAAGUCACCCGCUUCGAGCCCUUCUCCAAACACCCAGCCUGCUACAAGGACGUGGCGUUCUGGGUUCCCGGAGGCGGCCGCAGCGCAGCAGGCGGGGCGGGCCCCGUACACGAGAACGACAUCAUGGAGAUUGUGCGCGGGGUGGGCGGGGAUCUCGUCGAGGACGUGCAGCUGAUUGAUGAGUUCGUGCAUCCGAAGACGAGCCGCAAGAGUCUUUGCUACCGGAUUAAUUAUCGGAGCUUGGAGCGCACGCUGACGAAUGAGGAGGCGAAUGAGAUGCAUGAUCUUGUGAGGGAGAAGUUGGUGGGGUUGUUGGGGGUUGAGUUGCGGUGAUUGAUUUACUGUUACCAUCGCUUGGCUAUUACUACUUAUUUUCUGAAAUAUUUCUCGGGGUAUAGGGUGGGAUGGGAAUGGAUGUGGAAUGGAUGUGGAAUGGCAUGAUUAGGAUGUCGAUUGGAUGGAUGACGGAUGGUUGAUCAUACUGUAUACUAGGCCUGUAUUGUACCUGUA